AUGCCCGCUGUGUCUUCGAGUCGCGAGAAGGCCGCUCCGUCCGCGACGGCCCGUCUCGCCGCGAAGAACCUCGACGCGAGGCCGAGAGCGACCACCGACCCCAGGAGCUCCGUCGAGACCGGCGUCGCGAAGCCCCACCCGGGGUCUGCGCGCGUCACCAGCCCAACGCAGCCCUAUAUGCGCAGGAAAGCGCCAGAGGGCCGCACGUCGGCCCCCCAGCAGUCCGAAAAGCCGCCUGCUAAGGUGCCGCAGCCAACAGCCGAGCCAGCCCCGCGCGCGGGCGCGCGCCGCCGCCUCGCGCAGGACCUCGAGCCCCACAACGGCCACGCGCCCCGGGCGGCGUCCGGGUCCAUCACCAUCCAGUGGACGCCCGGCAAGCGCGGCGCGGGCGCGGGGAGUGCGGCGCGCGAGGCGCAGUUCACCGAGGACGAUCUCAACGACGCAUCGAUCCUCACGGAGUUCGCCGCGGAGGAGUACCGCACCCGCGCGGCGGACAUGACCGACGUCUACACCAAGUCGCGUCUCCCGGACUCCGUGCUGCGCGCCGUGGAGAGCCGCGUGAUGGCCUUCGUAGAAACGCUCGAGGAGAGCACCGGCGAGCCGAUGCUGCCCGAGGUCGCGACUGCGGUCGCGCAGGAGGUGCUUGCCAUGAGGGCGUCGCGGGCGGCCUUCAUGUCGCGCGCGAACGACGCGGUGCACCUCGCGUCGCAGCUCCGCACGGUCGCAGACGAAGCGCGCGCCCGCGCGGCCAAGGCGGAGGAGGAAAUCGCGCGCCUCAAGGGCGACCUCGCCGGCGCAAGAUCCGCAGCUGCAACGCGCACGCGCGAGCUCGAGGCCGACGCCGCGCCCCGCGAGUCCAUGCUCCAGGAGCUUCGCGCGCUGCGCGCGGACCUCGCGGUCGCGCGGUCGAAGCUCGCCGAGAAGGACCGCCACGUGGCGAAAUCCGACGAGGAGUGUCGCCGGCUGCGGAGGGCGCUCGCUGACGCGGAGCUCGACCUGGCGCGCGCGCCGGAGGGCGGCGCGGCGGCGCUCACCGCCGCCGAGCGCCAGCGCCAGCUCAAGGCCGCCGAGGAGCGCUCGCGGAGCCUCGAGGACAAGAUCUCCGAGCUGUCCGCGGCGGUCGCGAGCAAGGACGCGACGAUGGGCGAGCUCCACGCGCUCGUCGACGCCCUCCGGAGCGAGCUCUCGGGCCUCCGCCACACGCUUUCGGACGUGCAGGCCGCACGCGACGUUGCGGCGCGCGACGCCCGCGAGGCGCGCUCCGCGCUCGCGGCCCGCAAGCAGGAGGUCGCGGACGCCCAGGCCGUUGCGCAGCGCGCGCAGGCGGCGCUCGCGGCCGUGCAGCAGCAGGUGUCGUUGCUCGAGGGGCACGCGGCGUCGUCCGUCAACUACGCGACGACCACGGGCAAGCGGCUCGAGGAGGCGCAGGCGCGCGCGACGCGCUUCGAGGCGCUCGCGGCGGAGCGCAUGACGCUGCUCGAGCAGGCGACGGGCGCGGUGCGGGCCGCGGAGGGCGAGGCAGCGCGGCUGCGGCGCGACGCCGAGGGGUCCCGCCGCGAGGAGGCGCGCGUCGCGGACGAGCUGCGCGUGGCGCGACAGCGCAUCGCGGUCCUCGAGGAGCAGGUUGCGAGCGCGGGGUCGCUGCGGUCGCGCAACGCGGAGCUGGAGGUCGAGGUGCGGUCCGCGCUGACCCACAUCAAGGCGCUGCAGCGGGACUGCGACGGGCUGGCGGGGCAGGUGCGCGCGCUCGAGAGCGAGAACAGCCGGCUGGCCGCGGACGCGAAGGCCGCGUCGCUCGUCGAGGUGCGCGAUCGCUCUUCGACGAUCGCGAGCACGCUGCUGUCGGAGAUCGGCGCGGGCCGCGCGGCGGGCGAGGCGUCGGCGGAGCGCGCAGCGCUCGCGGAGGAGCGCGCGCGCAUUCAGAGCGAGCGCGAGGAGCUCCUCUCGCUGUCGUCGCGCCUCGAGGAGCAGCGCAUGCAACUCAAAGAGGUGCUCGGCGCCGCAGCCGCGGACGCACGGGCCGCCGAGCAGCGCGACGCCGCGCGGAGCUCCGUCGCGGACCAGGAGCUCCGCCGGCUGCGCGAGGAGCUCGUCGAGGAGGGCCAGCAGCGCAGCGAGGCCACGAUGGAGGCGGCGCGUCUGCGCGGGGAACUCUCUGCGCUGCGCGACACGAUCGCGGGGCUCGAGGCCGAGCGCGACGCGGCGGCGGUGGAGGCGCUGCGCGGCGGCGUGGCGUCGGACUCUGCGCGGCGCGAGUCGAAGCGCAUGCACGCUGAGGUGGCGGCGGCAGAGGCGGCGCGGGCCGAGGCGGAGAGCGAGGUCGGCGGGCUGCAGCGGUCGCUGCGCGAGGCAUACGCGGACGCGGAGGGUCUGCGGGAGGAGAUCGCGGCGCUGGAGGCGGAGCGCGACCGGCUGACGCGCGCGGCGGAGGAGGCGCAGCUGGCGGGCGGCGACGAGCUCGCGGGGCGCGUGGCGGAGCUCGAGGGGGAGGUCGCGGCGCUGUCGGACCGUGCGCGGAGCGCGAAGGAGGCGAAGAGGGACGCGGAGGCGCGGGCGACCAAGGCCGAAGGGGAAGUCGCGGCGCACCGGGCGCGCGCCGCCGAGUUGGAGUCCCGCAUCGAGUCGCUGCAGCACCGUUUGCAGAAAGCAGACCAGGAGAUCGGAGCGCUCCGCGCCGCGCGGGACGCGGCCGAGCAGCGCCUCACCGACGCGCAGCGCGCGUCCCAGGACACGGAGCGCACGGCCAUGGCCACCACGGCCCGCGGGCAGCAGAUCGCGGCCGAUCUCGCUGCGGCGGAGGAGCGCGUGCGCCUGCUGGAGGGCGAGCUCGAGACGGCGACGCUCGCGGCCGCGGAGCGCGAGCGCGAGAUCGAGGAGGCCAGGGCGGACGUGGAGUGGAAGACCGCGGAGUGCACGGGCCUCCGGGCGAAGAUCGAGCACCUGGAGGCGGCGCUGGACGACGCGCGCGCGCGGGAGGCGAUCGCGAUCCGGCACGCGGACGAGGCCGCGGCGGAGCUCGACCGGGCGCGCAGGGAGGCGGAGAUGGCGGCGCGGCGCGCGCAGGAGGACGCUGGCGAGAUGGGAGAGGAGGCCAUGCAGCGCGUAGCGGAACUCGAGGCCUCCGCCGCGGAGGCGCGCGCGGCGCGCGCGCUCGCGGACCAGGACCUCGAGGAGGCGCGUGCGGAGAUCGAGCGGCUCAAGAGCGACCUCGAGGCCGCCGCCGAGACCGCAGCUGCUGCCGCUGCCGCUGCCGCAGCGCCUGCUGCGACCCAGCCGCCCACGGAGCCGGAGCCGGAGGUUGAGCCGGAGGUUGAGCCGGAGCCAGCUGCUCCGGUGCAGGCCACGCCGAAGCUCCAGGACGCCGCGGAGGACGAGGCGGACUUGGAGCCCGCUGCGCCUGUUGCGCCGCUUGCUGACGAGCCGCCGGCACCGGUCGAGGCGGUGCGAGUGCCGGAGGAGUCGGCGCCUGAGCCCACAGUAGAGGAAGCACCGCAGGCUGCAGAGGAGGAGGAGCCGAAGUUGCUGGAGGCGCAGAUUGAGCAGGAAGAGCCAUUGACAACAACGGAGACGGUCGAGGCCCCCGCACCGAAGGAGCCGGCGGCGGAGGAGGAGCCCCCUGCAGCACCGGUGGCGUCUCCGUCGCCUGUCAGUCAGCCGGCGGAGGAGAAGCCCUCGCCGGAGCGGCCCGCAGCGCCGGCGCCGUCGCCGGCGCGCAAGGUCAACGGAGGUCUCGCGGCGCGGCUGUUCGGCGACGCGAAUCCGUUCGGCGCCGCGAUGCCGCAGCGCGCGCCGGCGCCGCCCACCGCGAAGCCACCUGCCAAGGCACCCGCCAUUGAGCCCGAGGUGACGUGGACGGCCAACCCGCUCGCGGAGGGCCACGACGACGGGUCUGACGUUGACUCCGAGGUGGAUAGCGACGAGCACGGGGACAUCCUGCCGCCAGGCGUCUCGCCCGCCCUGGUAUCGGCGCACCCUGGCCCGCUGAAGCAGACCGGCAGCGAGGUGUCCUCAGGGCAGGGCGAUUCCGACCAGCACCGCCCGACGGUCGCGAACAUCGAGGCAGAGCUCGCCGCGCCCGCGCGCCCGCCCCCCGCGCGCCCGGCGCCCGCCGCCGCCACCGCCAACACCGGCACGGGGCGCCUGGCGGGCCUGAUCUCGAUGUUCGAGAACAAGGAGGCGGGGCCGCCGCCGAGCGCCGCGGAGGAGCCGUGGCCGCGCCGGAGCAACUCGCGCACGCUCGCGCCGCCGCCGCAGGCGCCCAAGAGGGAGGAGCCGGAGACUCCCCCCCCGCCGCCGCAGCCCAAGCCCGCCAUGACCAAGUCCCCGUCCGGGCGGAGCGACCUCGUUCCCGGGCAGCCGUACAUCUCCCCGAAGAGGAGCUUCCGGCACAACAGGGCGCCCGUGGCCGAGAAGAAGCCCGAGGAGCCCGCGCAGGAGUCGCCGGCGCCGUCCGGCGCGACGUUCCAGACUCCGCUGUCCGCCACCCCGGAGAGCGCGAUGGGGUCUGCGUUCCACACGCCCGGGAGCGCGCUGAGCGCCGGAUCCGCGCAGAGCUUCCCGCAGCUGCCCCCCGGGCCGCUGGCGGAGAUGGCAGCACGCACCGGCGGGGCGGGUCUGCAGCCGCCCCUCGGGCCCGGCACGCCUGGGUUCGGCAUGCCGACGGGGGCGCGGCGCCCGCUGUCGCCGACGCUCGACGCGGCGGCCGGCCCGCACGGCACGCCCGCGAGCGCCGCUGAGCGGCAGUCGGGCGAAGCGAUGCGCUCGGCGGGCGUCUCGGACUUCAGCCCGCACCCGAGCAUGGACCUGUCGCCGAUGCAGAGCGGCUCGCCGCCGGCACGCGGCGCCGCGACGUCUCCGCGCGGGCAGCCCGAGAUCACGGCGGCGGCGCACGCACUGGGGCCCAGCGGGUCGCCGUCGGCGGGCUUCGACCCGGCGCUGCAGGCGGCGAGCCCGAACUUCAGCCCGCACCCGAGCGCGACGAUGUCGCCGAUGAUGAUGCCGACGACGCCGAUGGUUGCGCCGCAGCCGCAGCGGCAGCCCUCGCUCCUCGCCCAGAGCGCGGGCAGCCUGAUGGCGCCAGCGCCGGUGCAGCAGCCGCCCGCGUCCGCCGCAGGGCCGUCCGACAAGGCGAGCGUCGGCGCGAGCCUCGCGGACUGGGCGGGCGGGUCGCCGCCGAAGUCGGGCGCAGCAGGCCCGUCACCACUGGGCAAGAAACCCUCCCUGCGCGACCGCGGUGCGUUCGGCGCGGACCCCGCGUUCGAGAACAAGGACGACGCGUUCUGGGAGCCGACGAACCCGAUGCGCAUGCAGCAGAUGGGCAUGCAACCUGGCAUGAUGCGUCCUGGCAUGAUGAUGCCGCCGGGCAUGAUGCGCCCGGGGAUGAUGCCAGGGAUGAUGCCGAUGCAGCCGGGCAUGGGCAUGCAGAUGCGGCCGGGGAUGAUGCCGAUGCAGCCGGGCAUGGGCAUGCAGAUGCGUCCCGGAAUGGGCAUGCAGUUCCCGCCGGGGGCGCUGGCCCCGCAGAGCGACAAGGCGUCGCGGAAGGAGCGCAAGGAGCGGGAGAAGAUGGAGCGGAGGAUGGAGAAGGAGAAGAGGAAGUACAAGGACGUGCCGGUCGUCGGGGAGGGUCCCCCGAGGUACCAGGGCGCACAGAAGAACGAGGACGAGGGCAAGAAGAAGAAGGGCCUGCUGUCGCGGCUGCGUUCGAAGCCGAAGAAGGACCCGUCCGACGUGCUCGGGCUUGGGGUGAAGGCCUGA